GCCAGUUGAUCGCAUUACAACCCGUCUCUACAAGUAGAUGUUCAAAUGCAGCUGCUACUCUUUGGGUAUUAAGGGAUAAGGCCUGUCUGAACUGGGCCUGAUGGAAUGGAGCGUCUCUGAGUGAUGAGAAUGCUGAACCGAACAGAAAACAGAGGCGUGUGCAGGCUGCUAUCUUCAGUGAUGUCUGGAACAGAGUCUCAUACGGACAGAGAGGAGGACUACAGGUUCCUCCACAGCAUGCUGAUGGAGAAGAAGCUCCACCUGCUCUUUAAGAUCCACGAGCGUCUGAAACGUUUUGAGAAGCGGAGCCCCAUCCCCGUCCAAGAGCACGCAGCGAGUCUGGCUUCAGAAUUGGCGGAAGAGCUGAUAAACCAAGGCUGGACAGAUGAAAUCAAAGAACUGGUUGGCCUCUUUUCCCAACCCGACUUUAAGAGUCUCCUGUGUGUCCAUGACGCUGUAGCUCAGAGAACCUUUGAGCCCACUCUGCCACCAAUACCUGACACUGUACUGGAAGACGAUGAGGAUUCUGUCAAAAUUGUCAGUCUGGUCAAAACCAAAGACCCCCUGGGUGCAACAAUUAAAAUGGAUAAAUCCACAGGGACGAUUGUUGUGGCGAGGAUCAUGAGAGGAGGUGCAGCUGAUAAAAGCGGCCUGAUCCAUGAAGGAGAUGAGCUGAAAGAGGUGAAUGGAGUCUCACUGGAACACAGGAAGCCAAAGGAAAUCCUUUCUCUUCUGGCUCGAUCUCAAGGUGAAGUUAGAUUCACAAUCAUUCCUGCCUCCACAAGGGAAGAAAUGUCAUCAAAUAAAAAGCUGUUUAUGCAGGCUCUUUUCGACUAUGAUCCCAAUGAGGAUCCCACCGUUCCGUGCAAAGAAGCAGCAGUAGCCUUUAGAAAGGGCGACGUCCUCCAGAUUGUCAGCAUGGAGGAUGACACCUGGUGGCAGGCCCGUCACCUUGGGGACAGCAACGAUCGGGCAGGACUCAUCCCCUCGCAGCAGCUCCAUGAGAGGAGAGUUGCACUACAGCGACCUAAAGCGCUGUUCAAGCCCCGACCAGUCAAACCACCAGUCAUGGAUGACGUAGACUACGGAGCUAUAACAGGGAUCCACAUUGCUGGGUUGAGAAGAAGUUUCCGACUCGGAAGACAGAGCAGUUGGGCCAGAGAAGCGGCUCGGUCCAGGAGUUGGAGCACAGGGGUACACAGCUCAGUUCGACCCCCUGCCUACAAACAGGUGACCCCCUACCACAGAGACCCCAAGGACCCACACCGUCUGGUUGUUCUGGUUGGGCCCAGCGGCGUUGGCGUUAAUGAACUGAAGAGGAGGCUCCUGCUCUCAGACCCUGACCACUAUGGCGUGACUGUACCGCACACCACACGUGAGAAGAAAAGGCAGGAGAAUGAAGGGGUGGAUUAUAAUUUUGUGUCAAUAUCCAUGUUUGAAGAGGAUAUUCUCAAUCAAAGGUUUGUAGAAUAUGGAAGAUACAGUGGACACUACUAUGGAACAAGUGUAGAUUCUGUGAACAAAUUGAUGGCUGAGGGCAAGGUGUGCCUUCUGUGUGUGCACCCUACUAAAAUAAAGCAAGUGUACAAUUCUGAAUUCAAACCAUACGUGGUGUUCGUGAAACCUCCGUGUAUCGAGGAACUACACCUCACCAGACGGAGAGUGCAUUUUGUCUGCGAUGAAGUCGACAAGAACUCAGUCAGAGUCUUUUCGGAGGAGGAUUUUGAGGACAUGAUUACCUUGGCUGAAACCAUGGAGAAGCAGUACGGGCACUUGAUUGACAACGUGAUUGUUAAUGGAGAUAUCGUGGUGGCGUUCAGAGAGCUGAAGGCGGACCUCGACAAGGUACAAAAGGCAGAAGUCCACUGGGUUCCUGCAGAGUGGAAUUGCUCGUCAUCACCAACGAAAGCACGCAAAAGUUGCAGUCAUCUAGACAGCUGGAUUUGAACUCUGAACUCACAAGAAGAAAAGAACCUCAAAAACAAUGUAUUAGUUCUAUUUAGUUAGAAUUCAAUACCAUGAAAAUCAAAAAUGUCCAUUUGUAAACAAAUCCUGGGAUUACCACCAUUACACCAAGUGUCCCUUAGUGUAUCUCUAAUUAGGCAAACAGAAUCCAUCUCUUCCUCCGUCUAUUUGAGAGACAGUUUUUCUGUUGGUUUAAAAACGAUGGCUCACAGGGCCGAGAAGUAGAGGAAAGAACGAAAAAAUAAGGAAACUCUCCAGAACUUGUGGCUAAGUGUAAUCCUUCCCUGCCAAGUUGCAAACAUCAGCAUGUAAUUAUUCUGACAGCUGCUGCACUUCAAUUAACUGUAAUGUACACCAGAGAAAUAUUAUUAGUAGCAGUCGGGCAGGCAUUGUGCCAACAACAUGCUAUACGAAAUCGAGACAUAAACAAGAAAGGAGUUAAAUAAAGAAUGACCAAGAAGUAAAACAUGUUUUAAUGGCUCUAAGUUUAAUAAUUUUGUAUAUAUUCAAGGAUUAUAAAUGCUUUGUGUAUGUCUCACAAUUAUUG